GAAGAAGAAAAAGACGAAGAAGACGAAGAAGAGGCUAGUCAUAUGAAGCGGAAGAGAAGUUGUCCUUACAUCAUGCUAAAUGUCAGCUAGUGUGGAUUUUCUUUUCUUUUUUUUCUAGUUUUAUGCAACUGGACACUUGGCUAAGAAUCUUCUGGAAGUGACAACAGCACCCAGGAUGUUGGCACUCAGGUGCAUUUCAGGGGAAAUGCGCGGACUUCUGCGGCUGCCGAGGACAUCGCCAGAGGUUCCACGGCAACUUUUGGGCCGACCUCCUGCGCCGACUCCCGCCCGCCUCUUUUCCCGAGGCCGGCCGUCGCCGGACAAGUUGAAGCUGAGGACCCGCGUGGCCGUGACGCUGGUGCUGAGCGGCGGGCUGCUGGCGGCGUGGGCUCUGCUCGGCGCCGAGAAGCGGCAGAAGGAACGGCGGGUGCGCGCCGAGCAGCUGCGGCGGGCGGCCUUGGGUCAGGGCGACUUCAGCCUGGUGGACCACCACGGGCGGCGCCGCGGCAAGCGAGACUUCCUGGGCCGUUGGGUGCUGCUCUACUUCGGCUUCACGCGCUGUCCCGACAUCUGCCCCGACGAGCUGGACAAGAUGAGCGCGGCCGUGGCCGAUCUGGACCGGGACGCGUCGCUGCCGCCCGUGCAGCCGCUCUUCAUCACCGUCGACCCCGAGCGCGACCACGUGGACGCGCUGGCCCGCUACGUCAAAGACUUCCAUCCUCGACUGGUGGGCCUGACGGGCACGGCGGACGAGGUGAAGGAGGCGGGCCGCGACUACCGCGUGUACGCCAGCCGCGGACCCCCGGAUGAGGACGGCGACUACCUGGUGGACCACUCGAUCCUCAUCUACCUGGUCAGCCCGCAAGGACUCUUUGUGGACUACUACAACCGCCUCAAGGACAAGGAGCACAUCGUGCGCAGCGUGCGCCGCCACAUGGCCGAACACGACCGACUGCAGCGCUCGUGAUGUCCGUGUGACCAAAGGUGAAACGGCUGCGCUAACUGUCCGCGUUGAGUCGAGAUGAGGAAUUUAGCAAAUAUCCCCAAAUGGAAAAACAAUCGGCGACAUUGCUUUCAGGCUCCACGUGAUUUGCCGGUUUCGGUGAGAGGUCCGUUCACAACUGGGAAUUUUACUCGGUCCCGACCUCGGCGGGACCAAUAAAUAUUCAAAUUGAAAUGAGACUCCAAAGAAAGAAGAUGGUGUGUAAAAAGCAGAAGCAGGUGGUGUAAAUAUUUGUUUGGGGGCCUCGUCCUGCGCUCGUCACGUGGACUGGCGGCGAAUCCCAACCGACUCGUUACUCCUUGUCCCGUUGCAAAAUAAAGACUUCAUGGUACACCGAAUGAAAAAUCUCAUCUGAGUAUUUGAAAACUAUCUGGAGCGCCCCGGUCGAGUCCUGCUCGCAGUGAGGAUUUUGUCACAAUACCGGAGAAUUUUUGCAAAAUGCUUCUUUGAAUUGGAAAUUUGGCUGACUUGAACCAGGAGCCCUCGCGGCAUCUGCGCUUUAUGAAAUGUGCACAUUCACGCCAGCUGCCAACAUCUGCCACUUAACAUUAGCUGGCCAGCCGUCAUCAAUAAGUUGCACGUGUGGAAUUCGCCUUGCAUAACUUUCUCCAAUUCAUCCGGUCUUCCGCGAACUCCCGUG